AUGCUAUGGGUUGAUCAAAAUGCAAUCUUAAUGGGAUUCAUGAAUAAGGAGAGCAAUGUGAUUAAGGCCACACAUCAGCUCUAGAACAUGAAUCAGGAUGCAAUGAUAAUUGCUAAGUCACUCAAGGAUUUGAGUGUAGUUAAAAAUUUGGUAUAAAAUCGUUAUGCUCUUAAAAAUGUGGAGAUUAAAACUUACCAUUUUGCAAUGAUGGGAAUAAAAUUUCUGCGGAUGGGUAUUGUUUUCAAUAUCUUUUUAAUAACUUUAGAUGUGACACUGAAUGCAAUGUUGAACAAGGAUAUAUAUGCUUACUCAAUAAUGACAAUACAUCUGCUUGUAGUCUCCAUUAGUAAUAAGUUCUCUCAAAUAAUAUUUGUGGUGAUGGAAUACUUGAUAUUGGAGAGGAAUGUGACGAUGGAAAUCUGGUCAAUAAUGAUGGAGUAAGUGUUCUAGAGAGUGUAUAGAUACGAGAACAAAUACUAGUUGCUCGAGCCAGGAAAAUCAAAAUAUCUUUGGGUAAACCAAGAUUCAAAUUUGUAAUAAAUAUUAGGUGCAAUCAAGAUUGUCAAACAGAUAAAGAUCACUAUUGUAUAAUCGACUAAAUAUCGGGAAAUCUCUCUUGUUUUCAGAGAUUAAGUCCUAUCAAAGUACUUAAAAUCUAAUGGAUUUAUUCUUUAGAAAAAAAAUUAGUUUGUACCACUCAAUUCAGAAUAAAUUUGCAACAAAGAUGGAACAAAAGAAUCUUUCGAGGAAUGUGAUGAUGGAGAUCCAGAAUCAACAGGGGGGUAAGAAUUAUCUAAAUGA